AUGGACACCGUCAAGGAUACAAUGAACAAAAUGGCCUCCGCCCUUCAUUUGGGCGGUAAGCAACCCUCGGAAGCGCCUGCAGAACCUCCCACCGACUCGGAGUACUCCGAGUUGAAGGAGAAGUACGAGAAAGCCGGUCAAGGCCAGGUGCUCACCUUCUGGGACGACCUCAAGCCAGCGGAGAAGGGCGGUCUGUAUCAGCAACUCGCACCAAUCGAUCCAGAGCACAUCAACAAGAUCACAGACAGAGCUCUCAAUCCUCCAAAAGCCGAGCAUGACGACUCGAAACCAAAACUCGAGCAGCUUCCGGACUCCGCAACAACAUCAACCAUCGACAGUGACGACGGUAACCUGAAGAAAUGGUACGAUGCUGGUUUGAAAUACAUCGCCGACAAUCAGGUCGGUGUGGUACUCAUGGCUGGAGGUCAGGGUACGCGGCUGGGUAGCUCGGCGCCAAAGGGUUGCUACGACAUUGAGCUUCCGAGCCACAAGUCGCUGUUCCAACUACAAGCAGAGAGGAUCUGGAAGUUGCAGCAACUUGCUGCUAAGGUGCACAAUAAGGAGGAGGUCGUCAUACCGUGGUAUAUCAUGACUUCAGGCCCGACUCGUAAGCCAACUCAACAAUUCUUCGAGGAGAAGAGUUACUUUGGCUUGAACCGCAACAACGUCAUCUUCUUUGAGCAAGGCGUUCUGCCGUGCAUCAGUAUGGAUGGCWAGAUCUUGCUCGAGAGCAAGCACAAGGUUGCCGWUGCACCAGACGGCAACGGUGGGUUGUACUCUGCCCUCAUUGGCUCGGGCAUCGUACACGAUAUGGACAAACGCGGUGUCAAGCACAUUCACGCGUACUGUGUGGACAACUGCCUGGUGCGUGUUGCCGAUCCAACCUUCAUCGGCUUCAGUGCUGAGAAGGGAGUCUCAAUUGCGACCAAGGUCGUGCGAAAGCGCGAUGCCAAGGAGAGCGUGGGUUUGAUUCUGCAGAAGAACGGCAAGCCGGACGUGGUUGAGUACUCCGAGAUUGAUCAGGAGACUGCCGAGGCCAAGGACUCGAAGAAUGGCGACUUGCUCAAGUUCCGCGCUGCCAACAUCGUCAACCACUACUACAGCUACGAGUUUUUGGAGUCGAUCCCGCAGUGGUCUCACAAGCUCCCACACCACAUUGCCAAGAAGAAGAUCCCAACCGUCGAUGAAAAGGGCGCUGCAUUUAAGCCAGAGAAGCCAAACGGUAUCAAGCUUGAACAGUUUGUGUUUGAUUGCUUCCCGUUCCUUGACAUGGACAAGUUCGCGUGUAUGGAGGUAAAGCGCGAGGAUGAAUUCUCUCCGCUGAAGAACGCCAAGGGCACUGGAGAAGACGAUCAAGACACCUCGCGAAAGGACAUCCUCCAGCAAGGCAAACGCUUCUUGGAGGCUGCUGGCGCUGUUGUCACUAGCGAGAAGGCAGAUGAUGGUGUUGAGGUUAGUCCGAUGAUCAGCUAUGCUGGAGAAGGAUUGGAGUUUUUGAAGGGUCGUACGGUCAAGGCGCCAGCGGUGAUUGAAAAGGAGUAA